UUUACAAGAGUGUGAAGGCUCUGCAUACCUCAGCCAGAUUUCACUCUCCUGGAUGUCGUCUGGCCUGUUGCUGUCAUGAACCUGAAGCUGCUCUCCUUCUGCUUCUUCUUAGCGGUGCUCCUCAUACCUGCCUCACCCAAACCCCAACACAAAAAUGGCAACGGGGAACGUUCGGGUAAACGCAGCAUGCGUGCGACAAAGAGACAAAAGUUUGCAGACAUAAUAGAAGACGUCUUUUUUGAGAUUCUUGACACAACCGAUGAUGACGACGAUGAAGAAGGACCAAACACAGACUGGCUUUAUGAACUUCAGGAGCCAGACGGCAAAUGCAACCCAAAUCCUUGCCUGAACAACGGUGUGUGCAAGGAGAAAGGCAAAAGAUUCAAAUGUGACUGCCCCAAACCUUUUAAAGGAAGGAAAUGCCAGAGAGCCCCAAAAAUUUGUAAGAGAGGUAGAUGUGGACGUGGUGAGUGUGUGCUGACUUCAACCCCCCCGUACUAUGAGUGCAAAUGCAAGUAUCCUUUCCAGCCACCGGACUGCAGAAGCUAUUCAGUGUGUGAGCCAAAUCCAUGUAUGAAUGGCGGCCAGUGCAUCAAGGAUGGGAAUGACUUUGAUUGCCAGUGCCCCGAAGGGUUCAGAGGACGUUUCUGCCAUGUUGGGCCAAAUGACUGCUAUGUGGAUGAUGGAGAGUUUUAUCGUGGCAAUGUAAGCGAGACUGAUGAUGGCGACGACUGCCUCUACUGGAAUUCUCACUUCCUCUUGGAAAAUGGUGCCGACCCCUUCAAUGCCUUUGAGGACAGCGACGGACUUGGCCCCCACAACUUCUGCAGAAAUCCAGACAGCGAGCCGAAGCCCUGGUGUUUCUUCAGGAAAGGCCGCAGGUUGCUAUGGGACUACUGUGACGUGUAUCCGUGUCCGACACCAACAGGUGAGGUGCCGACGAGUCCUUCUGUCCAGCAGCCGUCCACGACUCGAGCACCGGUAACCGCAAAGCCAUCCCAGGCGCCGCAGCCUUCGACCGGACCCGCCGUCAUCUCCACCGCCAACCCGGCUCUGACACAGUUUCUCACCUGCGGCCAGGCUCAGCCCAAAAAGCAAAUAACCCGAAUCUUUGGAGGUCUGAAAGUAGCUCAGGGAGCGAUACCUUGGCAGGUGUCUUUGCAACAGAAGCCAAAGAACUCCAACCGGCCAUACACACACAUUUGUGGAGGAGUCCUCAUAGCAAGCUGCUGGGUCCUGACAGCUGCACACUGCAUUGAACCAAACACGGACAUGCAGGUUGUCCUGGGAAGCCUGUCGCUGAAUAAACCGGACCCCUCAAUUCAAACCAUUGACGUUGAAAACGCUAUUAGGCAUGAGAACUUCAGGGAGACUCCUACAGCUGUUUACAACGACAUAGGCUUGCUGAGGCUGAAGGGGACCGAAGGAUUUUGUGCCAACGAGACCCAGUUUGUAAAGGCAGCCUGUCUGCCAGAUGUGCAACUCUCCGAUGGGAUGCCGUGUACUAUUUCUGGGUGGGGUGUCACUGAGGAAUCAAGUUUCGGUUCCAAUCAUUUGCUGGAGGCCAAUGUGCUGCUGAUCAACCAGGACAAGUGCACUGAGCCUGCUGUUUAUGGCAAAGUCCUGGAUAAUAGCAUGUUUUGUGCUGGCCACCUGCAGGGAGGGGUGGACUCCUGCCAGGGGGACUCUGGUGGACCACUGACUUGCAAGCAGGACACCAAUCGCGUUGUUUAUGGUCUGGUGAGCUGGGGAGACCAGUGUGGGCAGAAGAACAAGCCUGGAGUCUACACACGAGUCACUGAGUUCCUGGGCUGGAUCAGGUCAAAAAUGCAAGCAUCUCCUUGAACACCCUGUCACUGUUCCUGAUCAUCAACAAGAAAAAUAACCCUUCUAGGAAUAAUCAGAUCAUCAUCAUCAUCAUCUGUCUAACUGCAUCCAUGUUGGCUCCUAAUAUAAGGAUUAGGGUAUUUAGACAACAUUGAUGAAUGUUUCUUCUUUCUGGUUGGUAAACUCUCUUGAGAAUGUUUCUGCCGUUUGUGCUGUCUUGUUUUUGCAGUAUUCCCUCAUUAAACUCAAACGGCUGAUUUUUACCACAUAAAUGUAAGCAACAUGUGAAAUCUUAGUUUUCAUGAUCUUGCUUUUUACCUUCAGAGUACUAAAAGCUGCUGUUGAAAAAAAAGAAGAAAAACUUUUAAAAAUAAAGCAACAUUUUCUCA